GACAUUCCAGAUAUUAAACGAUUACAACACAUAAAUCUUGUUAAUAAAACAAAAAGAUCCAAAUUAAAAAAAUUAGAAAAAGCAAUGUCAGUUAUCAAGAAAAGAGAAAGGCAAAAAAAUAAAAAAGAAAAUUUUAAUUUUUCCACAUUACAUUUAUUAAAUGAUCCUCAAG